CCCGCGACCACGCGCCCCGCGACGCGCGCCCCGGGCCCGCCCGCCGCGCUCCAGAUGAGGUGCGAGCAGUGCACGCAGCAAGGAAUGUAGCAAAAAAACAAAAACCGAUGAUGAAGAAAGCACGUCAGUGGAUGCCCUGAGCUCAGCCGGUGAGAACGGAGAGUUUCUUCUCUGAUUCGGUUGGUGCACUUCAUUCAGUCCCCCUGAGCUGGUAGUGAUGGUUUGUGUUUACUGGAAAGGAGAAUUCCAUAAGUUGGCUGAUGCCAGAAUCUUCCUGAGUGACUGCCUGGCCCGUGGGAGCUGCCUGACCCCGGAGGAGGGCGUCCGGGUGGCCCAGCAGAGCGCAAAGGACUUCUUCCGUGUUCUGAACCUUAACAAGAAAUGUGACACCUCCAAGCACAGAGUGCUGGCCGUGUCUGUGUGUCCUCAGUCGCUGCCGUACUUCGCUGCUAGAUUCAGCCUUGGCGUGACUGACGCAUCCAGAAGACUCUGUGGCUUCCUCAAAAGUCUUGGGGUGCACUACGUGUUCGACAUGACCAUAGCUGCGGACUUCAGCAUCCUGGAGAGCCAGAGGGAGUUCGUGCGUCGCUACCGCCAGCACCGUGAGGAGGGGCGGGCCUUGCCCAUGCUGACCUCCGCCUGUCCUGGUUGGGUCCAGUAUGCUGAGAGGGUUCUGGGUGACCCCAUCACCCCACACCUAUGCACCGCCAAGUCGCCCCAGCAGAUCAUGGGCUCCUUGGUGAAGGAUUACUUUGCCAGGCAGCAGAACCUGCCUCCAGGCAAAAUCGUGCACGUCGUCGUGGCCCCCUGCCAUGACAGGAAGCUGGAGGCGCUGCGAGAGGACCCUUACCCGGCCCUGCAGGGCUCGCCGGCGGUCGACUGCGUGCUGACGUCAGGUGAGAUUGCGCAGAUGAUGGACCAGAGCGACCUCCCAGUGACGGAAGCCUCUGUGGACACCCUGUUUGGAGACCUGAAGGAGGACGAGGUCAGGCGCCACGACGGGGCCGGCUCGGAUGGGUACCUGGUUCAUGUCUUCAGACACGCAGCCAAGGAGCUGUUCGGCGAGGAUGUCGAGGGGGUCACCUGCCGGGCCCUGAGGAACAAGGACUUCCAGGAGGCGACCCUGGAAAAGAACGGGGAGGUCCUGCUACGCUUCGCUGCUGCACACGGCUUCCGGAACAUCCAGAACAUGAUCCUGAAGCUGAAGAAGGGCAAGUUCCCGUACCACUUUGUGGAGGUCCUCGCCUGUCCCGGAGGAUGCUUAAAUGGCAAAGGCCAAGCCCAGGCCGAGGACAGACAGGCGGACAGAGCCCUGCUGCAGCAGAUGGAAGGCAUCUACGCAGGGAUCCCCGUGCGGCCCCUGGAGACCAGCGAGCAGGUGCGGAGGCUGUACCAGGAGUGGCUGGAGGGUGCCGACUCGCCCCGAGCCCAGCAGGCCCUGCACACCGUGCACCCGAGCUCCGAGCCGCCCACCAGCAGCCUGGACAUCAAGUGGUAGAAGGAGAGCGGGGUCCGGCCGCUGGCCCUGGGCCAGGAGAUGGGGCAGGGCGCCCCGAGGGGGCAGCGAGAGACUCGGAGCAAACAGCCGGACUGGUGGCUGCUCGCCUCCGCCGCCUCCGCUGCCCCCGCCACCCUGGGGUGCUGUCCCUCGCCUGGUGAUGCUGUCCUGACAUGUGUGGGAUGGAAAUGUUGCAAUGUGAGAGAAGGAUUUCCCGGAAUUUAAGUCUUCUUUUAUCCCAAGGCUGUGAUAAAAUCCCAAAGAACAAGAAUGGAGACAAACUAUUAUCUUUUAGGUUUAAAAAAAGAGUGACCUGGGAAAAGCCAAGGCCUCCAGAGGUUUCAUUUCUCGUGCCCCAGGGAAAAUUGAGGUAGAAAUGGUGACUGGAGAGGGCGAGGGCUGGGCCUGGGCCCCCAGACAGGGUGGCUGCAGACCCCCGAGCCGGCCCCGGCCCCCAGCCUCCCAGCAGGGCUCCCACCGCUGCCACGGGCCUGGUAAUGACUGUGCCUAGAACUUGAAUAAACUACCAGGAGCUUCUGGGACAA